CUUCCUUCUGCUUUGCCCAUCACCAUCACCUACUGCGUUUAAGCUCAAAUAUUCUCUAAACAAUAUCAACAGAAUCCGUUAAGAGUGAGUUAAUUAAAAAGAUGGCGCUCAGCCUUUUCGGUGGCGGCCGGCGAAGCAACGUCUUCGACCCCUUCUCUCUAGACGUCUGGGAUCCCUUUGAGGGCAUCCCUUUCGUGAGCAACGCUUCCUCCGCGUCGCGGGAAGCCUCUGCUCUUGCCAACGUUCGCAUCGACUGGAAAGAAACCCCGGAAGCGCACAUUAUCAAGGCCGAUCUUCCAGGGCUGAGGAAGGAAGAGGUGAAGGUGGAGGUCGACGACGGUGGGGUGCUGAAGAUAAGCGGGGAGAGGCACAAAGAGCAGGAGGAGAAGAACGACAAGUGGCACAGGGUUGAGAGGGUCACAGGAAAGUUCGUGAGGAGGUUCAGGUUGCCGGAGAAUACCAAGAUUGACCAGGUGAAGGCUACCAUGGAGAAUGGCGUGCUCACAGUGGUGGUGCCUAAGGGGGAGGAGAAGAAGCCUGAGGUCAAGUCUAUUGAGAUCUCGGGCUAGACUAUACAAGGCCUGCAUGAUGGUGUAUGUUCUCUUGGUGCCUCGAUCUGGUUCUGUUUUGAGCUUUUUCUAUCUUAAAUAAAGGAAGACUAUAUGUGGGCGUGUUUUGUAUGUGAAGCAAGCAUCGACUGUCUAGUCUGUCUGUGUAUGUGUGUAAGGUGCACGGGUGCACUCUAUGUAUCACCAAGUUUCAUUUCCUCUCCGUAUUGUGAUGGUUUUUUUUUUUUUUAAUAUAUAAAUAUAUGCGAGUACU